AUGUCUUCCACUCUCUCCAACACCCUGGGCUACAGCCAGCUCACCUCGAUCCACGGCUCUCUCGAAACCGCGCUAGUUUCCGCUCAGGCAGCGUACGCUUCCAACUCUUACGACAAGGACGCGAUCAGAACUCUGGGAAGAGUCAGCGCAGAACUGGUCUACUACUCUAACUUGGCCGUCAUGGCCACCGCUACUGACGACUCUGUGCGCUCUUCUGCCAGCUCGCAGGCCCUAUCUGCAACCGCAUCUAUCGAGUCUAUCAUACUGGACUCUCAAUACUUUACAGGUAGAAAACCUUCUAUCCCUGGAAACGGCGUGUUCUUCCUGCUCAUGUGUAUCUUUCUGGGCUUCCACUUGUUCUACGGAUUUUACACCAAACAACGGUGGUUUGGCAUUUCGUGGUCUUGUGGUCUCAUUCUGGAGUUACUUGGAUACCUUGCCAGAGCUCUACUGCACGCCAACAUGACCUCUUUCAGUCUCUACGUGAUGCAGUUGACCGGGCUCACCAUUGCCCCUUGUUUCAUCAUGGCCGGGAUCUACUAUUUGCUGGCUCAAAUUACCAUCAUCGUGAACCCUGCUCUGUCUCUGUUCAAACCCAGCCAGUACACCUAUGUUUUUAUUGGGUCAGACAUUAUUUCUAUUCUUCUGCAGGCUGCAGGCGGUGGAGUCACCGUUGCCAACGACUCUAGGAACUGGAAACAAGGCAAGGCUUUGUUGGUUGCGGGCUUGGUGUUCCAGGUGGUCUCAAUGACCUUCUUCCAAGUGUGCUGGUACGCUUUUCUGUUUCGGUGGAGUCGCGAGCUCCGCAAACAUGGAGAGAGCGGGCUUGAGCCUAAAUAUAGCGGGAUUCGGGCCCGGAAAGCUUUCAAACUUUUUCCGUAUGCAGUGAGCGCAGCAGUGAUUUUUAUCUAUGUCAGAUCCAUCUACAGAAUUGCUGAGCUAUUUGAUGGCUUCGACAGCAAGCUUGCCACCCAUGAAGCAUACUUCUUCCCGCUAGAGUCAGCAAUGAUGACGCUGGCGUUUAUCCUGCUGUCUGUCCUGCAUCCAGGAACCGCUUACGGUAGAGGUGUGGUCGUUGUAGUCGACCACAGCCUCAAGGCUGUGAUCGGAAGAAACAAAAAGGAUGAUCAGAAGGUGUACGAGAUGGAGUGA